UCAGACUGCAGGGUUGAAUUGAAUUUCAACUAGUAAUCUGCAAAUUCUGUGUGGAGAAACAAAUCGAUACUUUAUUGGAGAGUGUUUGGAGGUUUAUUUUCACUAGGAAAAAGAGAGAAAAGUUUUUCUAAUGGGUCGGUGGAUGAAGCCAGAGGUGUACCCCCUAGUAGGAGCCUUGGCUUUUGCAGCAAGCAUGUGUAUCUUUCAGCUUACAAGGAAUGCUUUCCUAAAUCCUGCUGUGAGGAUCAACAAAUUUGACCGUAGCUCGGCAGUGCUAGAAAACUAUGAGGAAGGAGAAAAAUAUGCGGACCAUAGACUUCGCAAAUUCCUCCGAAGCCGUCCCCCAGAAGUCAUGCCGGCCAUUAACCAUUUCUUCUCUGAAGAUAAAUGAUUAGUUCAAAACAACAGUACCCUCUCAAGCUUACAUGAAUUUGUUUGUGAAUGAAAAACUAAAAUAAAUUGUCCUGAUCAGUUUCCCUUUCUUUGUAAUGAUACAAUUAAGGUGUUCUUCUUACCAAAUAAUAUAUUGACAGCGAGAUUGCUGUUUUUUAUGC